CCCCUCCACUCUGUCUUGUUUUGAUAUAGCAUCCCAUCUCUUCGUGUGGCUUUCGGAUAGCUACAGCACACCAAAAAAGGAUUUUCCUCAACCUCGAAGAUUAGGAUAUAUCCAUCCCUUUCUUUCAAUGGGUGAGGAAAAGCCAGACACGCUGGACUUUGUGAAGGAUUUCCAGGAGUAUCUGAGCCAGCAGACCCAGCAUGUCAACAUGAUAUCAGGCUCUGUCAGCGGCGUCAAAGAGGCAGAUGAACUACCUGCUGACUGCGGUCAGAAUGGGCUGGAUCACCCCACAGUGGACAUGUCUCUGGAGGACAGUUCGGGCAUCUUGGUGGAUGGUUUUGAGAGAACCUUUGAUGGCAAGCUCAAGUGUCUCUACUGCAACUACGCUACCCGAGGCACAGCGCGACUCAUAGAGCACAUUCGGAUGCACACAGGAGAGAAACCACACCGCUGCCACAUCUGCCCAUUUGCCUCGGCCUAUGAGCGCCACCUAGAGGCCCACAUGAGGUCCCACACAGGCGAGAAGCCGUACAAGUGUGAGCUGUGCUCCUUCCGCUGCAGCGACCGUAGCAACCUGUCACACCAUCGUCGUCGGCGCCACAAACUCGUCCCGAAGAAGGAUGCCCGCUCGCUCUCGCAUAAGAAGAUGCUGAGCGUCCUGCAGAAAAAGGCGAGCUCCCUGAGCUAUGGCCGCCGCCUCCUCCUCACCUCCUGUCCUUCUUCUGCGGUGACCCCCAGGGUUGACACUGUCAACGACUGCGCCCAUGAGCUGCCUCGCUUGCGGCAGGAGACUUAUGAUGAUCUGAGUCAAGCAGGUGAGGAGGGUCUCUCCAAGAACCCAGACCACCAUCAUCCAGACCUCAUCAUGGAUAACCCCCUGAACCAGCUGUCCGUCUUGGCAGGCCAGUGUGGCAGCCUUCCUUCAGCGUCUCCUGGAGCAGACUCCAUCGUCGAUGAGAAGCCCCUCCUUAUCCAGCAGCCCCUUUCUGCCACCGCCCCCGUGGCCAGCGCAGCACACACCUCCUCCUCGUCCCCGAUCACCCCGGAGCCCCGCGCUCCCCCGCACAGCAACUGCAGCCCCACGGGAGGACCCUGCAGCGAGCACAGUGGUCGCACUAGUACCCCUGGUGUCUCCAACAGCCAACCUAGCACCCCUGCUCCCGGCCAGUCCGCCCCCCUGCAAGACCCACACACACUCCAUCAAUGCCAGCACUGUGACAUCUACUUUCCGGACAACAUCCUCUACACCAUUCACAUGGGCUGCCAUGGUUACGAGAACCCAUUCCAGUGCAACAUCUGCGGCCACAAGUGCAAGAGCAAGUACGACUUUGCCUGCCACUUUGCUCGCGGGCAGCACAAGUGACCUGCAAAACAGCUUUUGUUCCACUAACUUCAUAGGAACUUUAUUUAUUAGUCUCUUUUCAUUGCCUUGAUGUAGCUUGUAGCCUUUCUGGAAGACAUCACCAACCGGAUGGAUCCUUGUCUCUGGUCGGUGCCUGUUUUUCACUGGCAUUGGUGGUACGUGAAGAAGCCUACAACGGAGUCUUAAGGCCACUUUACAAAGAAUCUGCAAGAAGUUUACAUUUUACAAAAAAGGCACAAUAUUACAAGAAUAAAAAUAAGUUGCAAUAUUUCAACAAAAACGUCUGAAUAUUCUGAAAAAAAUGUACUUUUACUCGGAUAAAUUUAUAAUUUUAUGUGAAAAAAGUUGCAAUUUAUAACAGAAAACCUCAUAAUAUUAAGAGAAAGAAGAAGAACUAAAUAUUAAAAAAAGUACUAUUAGUCCCACUAUUGAGGAUUUUUUACUUUAGCAUAAUAACAUUUGAAGCAUAAAAGGCAAAAUCCGAUGACAACAUGAAUUAGUCAGUUUUGGCGCGUUCACGUCAGAAUUUUCCUUCAGGAUUAAAUGAGCAAUGAGCUUUAAAUCCCAUUGUACACUUGUGCCAAUAAAAGGUAUUGUAUGCUACAUGUAAUUGAACGUGGCGCACCGCCACGGCAAAAUAAAAGUGGCCACACUUUAAAAAUGAUGGGUGUUUUUAACUUGAAAACAAUGUUAAGUGAUAUGUUGUAUUUGCUAUAUAGAUACAUUACAUGCGUAGCUUGUUCUUUACGCACAUGUUGACCACAAUUAGUUUGAAAAAAAAUUAAAAUAUCAUAAAAAUGUUUCACUGCGCUUAAUUUGAUAAUCAUCCCCCAGAAUGACCUGUCUGCCGUGUUGGCACUUGCGCAUGUGCGACCUGAAGAGCGCACUUUGUUCCUUAUUACCGUGAGAAUGAAAAAUAAUACGUAAAAUGUUUCAGUCAGUUGACGACAGCUCGUCACAGGCUAAGCUUAACUAUGCAAGCGUGUGUGAUCGCUCAUGUUUCAAUCUCAUUGGACUUUCUGGCGUCUUUGUUUACACAUUUUGCUUGGCUCUCAUUGCCUCUCUGGCGAUAGCUAGCGAGCUUAUUUUUAUCCCACCGGCGAGCUACAAGUGGCUAUCACACUCAUAGGGUCCAUGCUAACUUGUGUCUCUUGUUUUAAGCAACACUUAACAACCUUGCUCCUAAUACUUAUGGCUUGUCUUCAAAAAAACUAGAUGUGUGUCUAAGUUGUUCAACAUAAAACAUGUAGUGUGUCCAGCUUUAAGAUAGCGACACUAUCACGGGGGUCUUCAACAGGUAGCUGGUAUGCUAGCAGUAAACCACCAGCUGAUGUUGAGUAGUUCACCAAAGAAUAUUUGCUUCAUCUCGUAGUAUUUAAAAAAGUUUUCUGUUUAGUCAUGAUGUCUGUAUCUAAUGAGCACACUGAGUGAAAAUGUGCUUUGUCAAUAAAGUACACUUUAAAUGUUGGCAGUCACCAUCCAGCCAUACUAUGCCGCUUAUCCUAAGUAGGGUCGCGGGGGUAUGCUGGAGCCUAUCCCAGCUGACUUCGUGUGAGAAGCCUGUUUGCCAGCCAUGUUGGCAGUCACAUAAAACAGGAGGAGAGUUUUAAGUGCUCUCAGCAACUUUGCCAUGAAAUAACGUUUUGCAAUGUUCUCGGUUCAUAUUCUGGUUGUUGGAAAAAAGUUAAAUAAAUAAGUUAAUAAACAAUGCAGAUGAAUAAAAAUGAUUGUCAUAAUGAAAAAAGCCUUUGUCCCUCCCAUGCAGCCCACCACCACAGCUUCAAAAAAGUCCUAGGGGAAACGCUGCAUUGUAUUGUAUUCUCUUCUAAACUCGUCGCUUCUUUUUAGUGUGGCCCUAAGACUUCUUUGUAUCAUUCAAACACAACAACCAGAAGGGGUUGUUGUUUUUUUUUGUUUUUGUUUUUGUUUUUUUGUUUUUUUAGAAAUGUCUCCUCAUCUUUUGUGGAGCUCAAUCUAGAAGGUCGCCUCGUUAACACAGCAUUGUUAGAAGGUUAUGUGGUUUUACAAGUAUUUCUUUGCAGUGCCUGACAUUUUUAAUCUUGUGAGUGAAGAAAUUGUAAACCAUAGCAAAGAAACGCUCUUUACUUUAUCUGUGGAGGCCUUUAUUUUGCCAAAAUCCUCCCCCGUGAAUGCUGCUACGGACCCUUGAGAGUAAAAACCUGGCCAAACGUACAGUAUGUCUGUCAGUAGAGUUUAACAAAGUUUGUGUACCGCUUGCACACUUCUCAACGAGGCCCAGGAAACGAAUGGUUUUAACGCACUGUACUUUUUGGUAUUGUAUGAAGUCACUUUACAAACAGAAUACCGUACCCAUGGCCUUGCAGCUUAUUUAUUGUCCUGCCUAUCCUUUUCUGAAUAGGUACUGCAUAUUGUAUUCCAAGUGGUUGGAUCAAUGUUUGUUGUCAGAAUCGUGUUGCAGUAAGUCUGCUACAUUAGCAAGGUUGUCCUAUGUGUCGGGUACUGGUACUGUUGUCUGUUGCUAAGCAACGUGUGUAGUUACUUGCCUUGAAUGAAUGCCUUAUGUUGUCACUGUCAGAGUCCUUCCAUCCUUUGGGAUGCUAAACAAUGUCUGGAAUUGAUUUGGUUAAUUUAUAAGAAGUAAAGUGUUUUCUAACUACAAGUAGUGAAGAAAAUGCUGGGAUUGUCUUUGAUGCAGCUUUUAAUCAGGUAUUGUGGUCAAGAAGAGAAAAGGUGAGUAUGUGAGUUAUUAUAGAAUGAUUCAAAUGAGCUGAAAAUGAUGGACGUUAAACUGCAUCCUCUGUUGCAGCCUCCUCUUUCUUUUUGCCAGGCUCUGAGGACAAGAAAGGACAAGCAUUACUUUGUUUCUGUACUCCGCUACUGAUCUCCUGGCAUCAACACCAGUCGCCUACACACACCUAAGAGCUGGACGGGUCCCAGGACCAGAGUCUGGCUCUCGUGUUUGGCGCUCGCGUCUCUGGCCUUGCGUCUGAGGCAGCCCCGACGGCAGCGAGAGUUCCAGUCGUUGUCUCGACAAAUAAGGACCUUACACUGGAAGUAGACCUUCUCAGCGCUUCGCAGGAACUGGAAGGCCUUGAAUGAGAAGCGAGCGUAGCGGCGGGUGCCACUGACGAGGGUCCGAUAGGUGUUGUCUACGGGACACCUGCACGAGAACACAGGUGAGUAACUUAAAGACCAUAUUGACCAAAACAUAAGACGACCCUUCUUAUGUUAAUGCUAGGAUAAACGCAUCAUCUUAUGAGAAACAGGCAAUUGCCUGAGGCCCCCAACCAGCAUGGGCGAGGGCCACCACUGCCAGCAGCAGCCAUACGCUUCGUAUUCAUGUAGAAUUAUGUUAGUAUACUAAACACACAACAGAACAAAAAGGAAAAAGCUAAAUUCAUAUGAUCUACCCCCCUCCUCCCACGCUAUAACAGAUUGUUCCAUGAUGGCGGUGGUAAUGCGCCUUUGUGAGAAGCAAAGUGUGAAGCCACUUAAAAUGCAAAAUGUAUUAAUUAAAUGAACUCAGAGCAAGGUUGUAUAUUGGCAGGGGCCUUUGAGGCUGCCUUGCCUGCUUUUUUGUGUUAAAAGAACAUAAAAGUAAAAUAGAACAUAUGAAGACGGCCCCUGGCUGUGUUCGCCUUAGGCCCCAAAAUUGCUAAGUCCGCCAUAUUCAUAUGUUCCGACACACGAAUUCCGACAUAUUCUUGCCCUAAAUUAAGCAUUUUCAAGUCUAAAAAUGAGUACAUUAAACUACGAGUACAGUUUCAGGGAUUGAAGGAUGUUGAUGAACUACAGUCUACAGUCUGGCCACUAGGUGUCACUAGUAACACGCAACAACAAUUACUGCUGGUUUGAAUUAUUUCACAGCAGGCACAAUAAUCGUCAUCAUCAUCAUAAUAACACAGGGUGCGGUUGUGGUCGUACUCCAGCUAAAACUCAACUCUGAAGCUCCACUGCCACUUCCUGUCGCCACAUCCGGAAGACAUUUAUUGAAACACAUAAGCACAAGUCUUAUUUACGUAUGUCUUAAAUGGCUUGUUUGAUCUGAUUCUAUCUACUUAUUUGCUAAUAGGAGUGUUAAGGUGACUAUAGGGGUGUUUUUGUCUGUCUAGAGAGCUCUAAUAUUUACAAAAACCGUAUGUAGAAGGUCGUAAACAGUUUUUCUAUGCUCCAACUACGAAAAUAUAUAUAAAUAUGUAUAAAUAAGGACUCCUACUUAAAAUUAAUUUAUCGCAGUUGGGCCUGGAACCAAUGAACCGUGAUGAACGAGGGAUGGCUGUACUAAGAUGUAUUUCAUCAGGGUAACAACCGCCAUUUUAUGUAGCAAAAAAAGCCACAUUAGUGCGUGGCAGGAGAAAAAGGAUAACUGGUUUUGGGAAAAACUAGGUUGAAGUUGUAAUUUUACACCAAAAAUGUCAAACACCAGAUCGCCAGUGCGUGUGAGUGGCAGGAAGAUAAGCUCCUUUGGGGAGAAGCUGUUCGGCACCACCUGUUGGCUGCUAUAUAUACAGUAAUCCCUCGUUUAUCACAGUUAAUUGGUUUCAGACUUGACCGUGAUAACUGAGUUUUUGUGAAGUAAAUAAGAUUCCUUUUUUUUAACGGAAUUUUUUGUAAUUAUGGAAUAGAAAACCUGUUUACAAUCUUGUAAAUACGACAUUAGACAUGAAAUAACACCCAUGUACUUUCCUAAGAGCCAAUAUAGUAGACAUAAUCAGAGAAUAUGAGUCACUUAAGACAGCUUACCUUGUAUAGGAGCAGACUCAGACAGGAAGUGACGUCAGGGGUUCAGAGUUGAGUUUUAGCUCGUUGUGGGCUAUGGCUGCAACAGUAACCCGUGUUUAUUAUUUAUUUAUAAAUGUUUGAGAAACCGUGAAAGAGUGAGGGAGCGAUGUUCGAACCGCAAUAUAGCGAUGGAUGACUGUGCAUUUCUAGGCUCUGAAUAUAAGGCGACCCUUCUAAGGUUUACAGUCUGGUAUUGGGGGUCCAUAUGGUCUUUGAAUUGUGCUUCAUGUUCCACACUCCAAAACACUAGGGGGCAGCAUACAGCAGUGUUUCAGUAAGGCUAGUUAGUGUAGCAUGAAAGAAAUUUGACAACCUUUGGAUGGCGAGUACAGUAGAAGACAAAUAUUGCUUUCAGGCGCAACAGGAGUCAGUUUGUGUAGUCUUAAGGACCACCGUCGGUUCUGCUGGCUUACCCGUUACGGACCAGGUAGUAGGUUGUAGUGUGGAAAUCAUAAGAUGACGGUGAGGCCACGCAGGUGUCCAGGAAAAUGACCAGGGAGCUGUCUCCGCCCCCCAGGUCCACCUGGACGUACAGGUCUUGGUUGAGAGACACCUUGUAUGGGAACUCUGUCACCUGGUUGAGGAGCGAGUCAAAGUCAAGACUUUUAAUAAGAAUUGUCUCUGUCAAAGCGUGAAGGUGUUCUACCUUAUAGUAGAAGUUGCUGUGCGUGUAGAAGUCCACCGAAGUGUUGAACUUGCCCGUCCCUGUGAUGCUGGUGUUGUCGUGAUUCUGGGCCAGGUACAUAAACUGCGCCACUGAGUCUUGAUCCAUCCGACAAACCACGUUGAUUUUCAAGUUGGCCAUGCGAGUGAUGUCGCCGAAGCUGGACGUGUAGGCGCGAACCGUGUUGGCGUACACCACUCUGCCAUUCUCAAACUGAAACGUACACUUCUUUGUGUCAGCACAGCGCAGCAUAUUGUUGGCGCCACGUUGUCCCGUACCUUUCGACUGGUGCCACAACUGUUGACACCGAAACUGAAGACCACGUCGUUUGUGUAAACGGUGGGCCUGCAGUACUGGUCGUUGAGGUAGAGACUGUGGCCGUCGUAGCCCAGCGAGUUGAGAUAUUUCCUGCCGAUGGCGAUGGUCAUGUCCUCCGAAGAACAGUUGACUUUACCUGGGAAGAGGUAGGUAGGCACGUAAGAGUAGUCAGUGACAAGCUUGUAUGCCAGAACACAUAUCAGCGUGCCCCGUGGCACAUUCUAAACAUUUCAUGGAACAACAAACCAACAAUGUCAAAAAUAGAAAAAUCAGCAGUCAUUUCACAAGAGUCAAAACAUGAAGAGAAAAAAGUUGUAAUUUAAGGAGAAAAUGUGAUUUUACAAGAAUGAUGUAAUAUUAUGAGGAAACAUAACACAUGCUGUGACGUUGGGGCGGGUUUUCACCAUGACAAGGAGCCCGAACACACCUCCAAGACCACAAGCGCCUUGCCGAGGAAGCUGAAGGUGACGGAGUGUUACCUGAGUUCUGCGGUAGAGCGCUGUUGAACUCCGCUCGGAAUCCUCUCUCGACCCCUGAGCUGUCGGCCUGGAAUACUACGGUCAUGUGGUUGGAGGUGGAGUAGAAGACAUUCGAGUCGUUGUGGCACAGUUUUCCCAGGAACUGCGAGUUGACGGACGGACCGUCGUAGACCGACACGUAGUCGCAGCUGCAGCAGUUCUCCAGUCUGUCCACAGAUGGUGAAACACGUUAUGGAAGCUCUCUGUCCAUCCAGCCAUACGUUGAACUUUGUGAAGUAGAAUACCGCAGGUAUGGGAAUUCCAGGAAGACUCUCUGGUCGUGCGAAGAUCUGAUAUGCCACACACAGUAGGCGUUGUUUUGGUAGUAGCCGGGGUGGUUGGGACUGGAGAAGGUACCCGAGCCAAACAUGGAACCUCCGCAAGGCUCUCCUGAAAGCCAACACAUUUACUGUAUUUACAUGGUAGUCAUUUGAGGUAGGAGGUCAUCUGGAGCUUGUUUUUACGCAAAAGAUCACACCUGUGGUGGGCAUGUCUGUCGUGCUUGAGCAUUGUGCUGUUAUAGAAAAAACAAACUAAAUACCAUAUUAGCAAAUCUCACUUUUUAUGUCUAAUAGUAACAAUAGAGAUGUCGUACUCACAGUGGUAGUCGUAGCAACAGUCGCCAUAGUACUGGCAGGAGCUGUAGCAGGAGCAGCUUCCCAUGUGCCCGCCGCAGCUGUAGCGACAUGAGGGCUGAGCUGGACGACGCAGGUGGAGGAGUCUCAGCAAAUUGGUGACUUUUUACUGUAAGAAUGAUCGAUUUUGGCGGUACCUGAGGUCCAUGGUCGCCGAGUGGUGCUUUGGCAGUAAUCUGAAACAAAAGAAUGACAGGAAUUGCAAGCAGCGAGGAUGUUGUGCAACAGUGUCUUGAGUUGUUAUUGGGACGUCACACUGACUGUAGUAGUCACGGCAACAGUUGCCGUAGUACUGGCAAGAGCUGGAGCAGGAGCAGCUUCCCAUGUGUCGGCCGCAGUUGUAGCGACAGGAGGGCUGAGCUGGAUGACACAGGUGGAGGAAUCUUAGCAAACUGGGUAGUAGUUACCAUAAGAAUGGUAGAUUUUGCCAUUACUUGAGGUGGAUGGACGCUGGGUCGUGCUUUGGCAGUAAUCUGAAUGGGAGAAUGACAGUGUUGCACAGCAUCCUCAAAUGUGCAGGUUCUGUCUCGCGCUCAUACUCACUGUAGUAGUCACGGCAGCAGUUGCCAUAAUACUCGCAAGAGCUGUAGCAGGAGCAGCUUCCCAUGUGCCGGCCGCAGUUGUAGCGACAGGAGGGCUGAGCUGGACGGCACAGGUGGAAGAGAUGUCAGCAAAUAUUCAAUUCAUUGCUGAGCAGCGUUGACAACAUGUCUUAAAGAAGGACUUCCAUGCACUCAUCCCGGGCAUGAAGUUCUCUUAUCCAACCUAGAAUCUUUAAGAACACAGCCUUGCCAAAGAGAAACGACCAGCUGCAGUCAAUCGCAAGAAGUGAGUCACGCUUGCCAGCACCAUGUUUGGCAUGAUAAUCAUCAUUCCACCCUGAAAAAGAACGGUUCAAGUGCACCAGGCCCAUGAUGAGUGUAUGUACCUGCAGUCAUCCAUAACGCAGCAUCACCGGGCUGGCCGUCACCUGAUGGAUCAUACCGGAACAGAACAACAAUCAGUGCUUUUCUAAAACAAUUUUAAGACACGAGUCACAAUCUUAUUGACGAUACCUAGCGCACCGUGUGACACCACCACCACCACCACGCAAAGAACCCAGAGUGUCUGCAUGGUGACUCUGGCUCACAGACUUCCAAGUUGCUUCCCAAGAAGAAGCGGAGCGUUUAUAUAAUCCCAAUGCCACCUUUAGUGCGCCAUAAACCUCCCCGAAACAGGACAUCUUAAUGAUGGUGCCUGAGAAACACACACUUGCUGAGCUGUCAUAAAAGAGGGAGCAGAAGAUUGGGUUGAGGUGUUUUAAGCACACAACAUAGAAGCUAUACUGAUUGUGCUGCGGUGGAUGCAGUUAACUUGUGUUUUUUCUGGAAGUAUGACCCAAAACUUUUCACAGUGGCGUACCCCUUCAGACAUCUGACUGGACGUCGUGUGCCCCCUACUCCUUAGAAAACAUAAAGAUCAUCAUGAAACACCUUUGAUAUAUGAAUUAAUAUAUGAUAUUUUAUGACAUUGUAUUUAAAAAAAUCAUGGAUUCAUCGGACUGGAUGGCGGUGGAGGACACGG